AUGGGAUUCCACGACGUGAGCAAGUAUUUCAAUCGACAACUUGCACUGUCAUGUGGUCUGAUCGCCCUCUCGAGUUUCAACUAUGCUUUUGAUAACCAGGGAUUUGCUCAAACGCAGGCAAUGGAUGCCUUCGAAAAGAGGUUUGGUGUCUAUGAUGUUAAGACAAAGACAUGGUCUCUUGACACCCAGUGGAAGUCAUACUUCAACGGUCUACCCUAUCUGACAUUUGCGUGUGGUGUCGUCAUUGGUAGUCUCAUAAGUGCCAGAUUCGGUCGCCGAUGGUGCAUGUUUAUUAUGAGUAUUUAUGCUCUGGCUACCGCUGCAAUCACCACCACGUCCCAUUCGAACAACCAGAUACUCGCCGCAAGAAUUCUAAAUUACGUCUAUAUCGGAAUGGAACUAUCUGUUGUCCCUGUAUUCCAGUCUGAGAUUGCCCCGACCCAGAUUCGAGGCUUUAUAGUGGGCACAUAUCAUUUGACAAUUGUGUUUGGUGGAAUGGUAAUUGGUUGGGUCUGCAAUGGAACAAGCAGGAUGGAAGAUGACCGUUCGUGGAGAAUACCUCUCGGGCUUUUCUUUAUCAUUCCAACCAUCAUAUCAUCUUUGAUAUGGUUUAUUCCGGAGUCACCUCGGUGGCUUCUUAUGCAAGGCAAGACACAUGAAGCCCGAGUCAACCUACAGAACUUUCGAGAAGGAGUGUUCAGCGCGGAUGAAAUUGAAGAUGAAUUCCGAUCAAUUCAAAAUGGUUUAAACAACGAACCCGAACAAGGCCACUUCAAGGAGCUAUUUUCAACAUCGAACCGAAAGCGAACAGCUAUCGUGGUUGGAUUGAAUUUCUUCCAACAAGCAACGGGGCAGGCCUUCGCAUCACAGUACGGCACUUUGUAUGUCAAGUCGCUGCAUACAAUCAACAGUUUCAAUUUACACGUGAUAAAUGGCUUUAUUGGACUUUUUGUGGUCUCAAUUUGUCUAUAUCUUAACGACAGGGUUGGAAGAAGACCCUUGCUUCUGAUCGGUGCGGCAGUCCAAGCAACCGCUCUUCUUACCAUGGGGGGACUGGGAGUACGCACACCGUCCUACGCUGAAAAAUCAGCUGUUGCCGCAAUGUUGUCACUAUUUACAGUUGGCUUCAACAUAGGAUGGGCUCCCUUGACAUACGUGGUGACCACUGAGGUCCCGACACUUCGCUUGCGAGAUAAUUCACAACGCAUUGCGUCCGUCACCAAUGUUCUCACAUUUUUUGCUGUUUCCUUCAGCUUACCAUACCUUAUGGAUGCUGGAUAUGCAAAUCUUCAAUCCAAAAUCGGAUUUAUUUAUGGCAGUCUUUCGAUUGCCUCGAUUUUCUUUGUAUAUUUCUGCGUCCCUGAAUGCCAUGGCAUAUCAUUUGGAGAGAUUGACCAGCUGUUCCGAUCGUGCACGCAGCUUCGGAGAUUUCACAAACAGAAACAACCACUUGACAUUAUUCCAGAGCUCGAGAUCAGAGAAUUUCCAAAAUGA